AUGGGUUCUGUCUUCUCCUGCCUCGCAUCCACUUUCAUGUACCUCGGCGAGUUCGUCGAGAACGCGUUUCUGGCAGUCGGCGAGAUCGGAGCCGUACUAAGUCGUGCUCUCAUUGGCAUCGUUGUCAGUCUGUGUGACUUUCUGGCAGCCAUCAGCUGCUGUUACCGAGUGCCAUGGUCUCAACGACCCGACCGGUCCUUUUUCACUUACUCUUCUCUCACUUACUCUUCUCAGGACAACACGCAGCUGGCUACCACGAAUAGCUCGACACUGGCAAGCGUUGGUGGCAAGCAAGUGCUUUCGAGCCUCUUGACUAAACAAGGCAGAGAACAGCGCGAGGAGAUCAAGGCUGCUCGCAAGAAAGCUGCCAAGGUUAAGGCUGAGAAGGAUGCUGUAGUGAGCAUUACCAAGAAGGAGGAAGAGGCAAAGAAGAAGACGGCUGCCGAAGAAGAGAACAAGUCGGCCAAGGAAGAGAAGGCUAAGGAAGAGAAGGCUGCUGCUGCUGUCAAGGCCUAG